CCUGCAUAUUUUCCGAACGUCGUCUCGGGCAGCUUUUGCACCCUCUGCCUCGCUUCUUGUCGCCCGCACCGUCGACAAGCUGUGUUGUCUGCAUCGACGUUUUGUGCUGCGGAUACCGCCCGUCUGCGCGAUCGGCUCUGACGUUAUCGCCUGCGUUCUCUCACGCCGGACUCCACCCAGCUUCUCGAAUCCCACGACACGCGGACCAACAAAGCCUCAUGGGCCAGCAGCUCUCCCGGAUCUUCGAUCGCGGCUCGCAGAGAAACGCAGCCGCUCCCCCACCGCCUUCGUCGCUGCAGGCGCUGGUCGAGGCAUCGGGCCUGUACUUUGGGCCGUACUUUGUCACCAGCCCGCCCGCACAAGCGAAUGCCCCCAAUAACCCGCUGGAUGCCCUUGCCAGCGGGUUGGCGUCGCUGACGACCGAGAACGCCCCAAAUCGCAACCCACUCGCGGGAACCGGCGUCGUCAACCAAGCCGACAUGCUGUGGGCCGAAAUCUGGGGCGCUUUGAACACGCGCAGCGACGGCUCGGCGUCGGCAUCGGCUCCUCCCGCGCAGGGCUUGGCCGAACCUCAGGCACAGGCGCCGGGGCCGCCUCAGCCUAUGCAAACGAUGGACGAUCUCAUGGCGAGGCUCGGAAAUGUCUAUCGAAAUCCAGCCAACAUCCAUCAAAUCACGACGCUGCAGUCCAAGGUGCAUAUCAAGAAGAGCACCAUCCGCCUUGUGCGGGUCGAUCCCGAGGGAUACUUUAAUCUCGAGUUUUCCUUUGAUGCAGCCGUGGCGGUCAAGGCCACGAUCCAUUGGAUGGCCGAGGAGGUGAUUGCAAUGAAGGUGCCAGGGCAGAGGAGCAUCACAUUCAAGCCCUUGGCAGACCGUGGCAAGGACGUUCUGACGACAUACUCGUACCCGGCAAAGCUGGCGCAGACCUUCCAGCAGCCCGGCGAGCGUUUCUAUCCCAAGAACUACAGCAAGGACCUGUGGUACUCAGGAUCGGACGAACCCGAGCUCAACAUGCCUGCGGCAACGCCAGAGGACCCACAGAAGCUUGCCGAGGUCCCGCAGCUUCCCAGCAUCCCUCCCGCGGCCGAAGACUCGAAAAAGGCCGCCAAAGUCGAAACCCCGAUCAACUUUUUCCCGCUUGUGAUUGUGCUGGAGGCGGUCGAGAGUACCUACGGCGUCCAGGCAGCUGGCAUGAACUCGGAGAUCACCUACGCUACGCUGAUUGAGAAAAGCGACGCCUUUGAGGUCAAGGUCAUGAAGCAAAAGGCAUUGAUCGACGGCGUGUACUACAUUCUACAAGAUAUCUAUGGCUUCACGGAAGGAGGCAAGGACGAACUGACGAAAGAGGACCUACAGUCGCAGCGAGAAUGCGUCAUCUGCAUGUCGGAGCCCAAGGACACUACCGUCUUGCCAUGUCGCCACCUGUGCUUGUGCCACGAGUGUGCCGACGUCCUUCGUCUGCAGGGCCGCGGAACCACGGCCGAAGCAAGACGCCAGGGGGCCCCAAGGUGUCCAAUCUGUCGCCAGGUCUUCCAUUCGCUGCUGCAAGUCACUCUUCCCAAGCCCUUUGCAUCUGAGGCGACUCGUCGUGAUGCAGCAUCGAUCAAGAGCAGACAUUCGCUCAUAAUGGCAACUGUGAGCCGACUCAACCUGGAGACGGACGCUGCAGCAAUGGGGGCACGCGACGCGAGCCAGAUAUCUCUAUCGCAGCAGCCAUAUGAUCUGGAGCGAGGAUUGCCGUUGGGAUCGGGAGACUCGGCCACAGAAGCCCCAAGUACCGUUAUGAGACAGGGCUCGAACAUCGGAAGCUCCAAUCACUCCGAGUCAGCACGCAUGGCUCGUGCGCGAGUAUACAGUGCCGGGGCUGCUUCUUCGGCUACAGGCGCGGGUGCCCCAGGAGGCGGAUCUCCUUUCUGAGUUGGCCGAAGGAGGCCGUAGGGUUUACGAUGCACGAUUGUGUCUGGGAAACGAACAGGUGAGGGUGGAAGAGGACGGAGCGAGUGGUGAGCGUUUAUCGCGUAGUAGAAUAUAGAUUCCAGGGGUUUGAAGC